AUGUCGUCCCACUUCCCAGGCAGUUCCUUUCCACAGGACUCCUCAGAGAAAGCUCACCAGGCUGGACAGUAUGGACAGCAUCGCCUUACCAGUGUCGAUGCGGGACCAUCAUCGGCUUUGCAAGGUUCCGGUAUUGCUAACGGCCUGGCCGAACGGUUAGCAAACCUGGUUGUUUGCUGUCAGCACUGCUUUUAUCCGGUUGCUGUUCCUGAUGGCUAUCAAUUGAUUCCUGAGUCAAACUCGUUUGGCUAUGGAACAACUACCGGCUAUGAGAUUGAGAAGCGGCCCUCGGCAGAUGUCGCCCAGCAGGAUGUUUACGUGCCAACAACUAUCUCGCCAAGCGGGGCCAAUUCUUUCCCUACCGAAGAAAACGGAUUGAUGAGUACCUAUGUGACCAGCUACCAACCUGUGCGAGAGAGUACUAGUCAAGGACUGGCGGCUCCACCCGGUGCGCCUGACAACUUGGUGUACACUCCUGACAUCCCUGAGACACCCUACUACACCAACAUCUCAACUUCUGCUGCUGAGGUAUCUCAUGGCUUAUCCAAUGUCACGAACCAUGCAGUGCCCGCGAGUGACUUGGUACCAGCUCCCUACGACGGGAACAUGAUUGACAUGGCCGUGCCUUCCACCCUGCAACACCAAUCGCUGAUACCCGUUACAACCUCGGGCUUCUCUAUGACCACACCGUAUACCAUGGAGAUAGGUGUCCAGAGUGAGGAUUUGGGCCAGCCAGCAGCAAGCGCCAGACUCGACAUUGUUUACCCUCACCAGCGGCCGCCGGCUUCCAAGCGGGGUCCCUUCAAGGACAUCAAACAGCGACAGGAAACAGCUAACACCAGGAAACUGGGCUCAUGUGUACGGUGCAAAAUGCAAAGAAUACGCUGUGUACCGGACCCAGAGGACCCAACGGGUUGCUGUCUAACAUGCAGCAAGCACAAACAACUACCUCGGCAGCCCUGUGUUCGUGCUAAGCUUACGGAAGUCAAGUGCAUGAAGCCAGGGCAGGUACAUGGUUUUGAAUGGACACUGCGUUGGGGAGACAACGGCCCUGUAGACAACAUUGCGAACUGGGCAUCGUCUGAGGUAAAGACGAUUGAAGUAACGGAGGGCUACACGCGCGGCAUGUCAGUACAGCUUCAUGUGCGGCAAUUCGUCCCUCAGAGAGGAGACAAGCUGGAGCGAUCUUGGGUUACUCUUGAUGGUAUCAAAAAGUCUGUGCCAAUUCCCCCUUACGCCAUUACGGAUCUCGAUGAAGCCCAGUCGGCCUACCAAGAUUACAUUAGGAGAGGCGUUGUCGAAUGCUUUACCUCGGUUAUCGAGGGCGUAAUGGGCGCUCGAGACCAUCUUCUUUAUGCCACUUAUCGCAAAGCCUGGGAGCUAUCUCAAGAUUUGAGGACGUCCGCAGAGGAGCGGGAACUCUUGCUUCACACUUUGGAGUUGUGGUUGGCCGUCCGUUUGACGACAAAGUCGGUAGAGAUCGUAGGAAACGAGACGCUCGGCAUGGAUCACGGUAUUCUGGACAGCAGUAGUCCACAGCACGGGAGUAUACCUCUACCGCCAGUUAUGGGUGCACAGCUGGACUUGGUUCUUAUUCAGCAUAUACAGACAAAACUGCGACGGGAAAUGCUGGAAAGACUACAGAAGAUGACACAGCAAAACAAGCAGAAGACGUGGUUGACCACAUACCUUGUCACAUUCAUAUUGCUGCAUAACAUAGCACUUCUUACGAACCACGAUGCCUCGUAUGCCAGGAAACAUGGGAUGAAGACAAAGUUCGCUCGACAGCAAGAGGUGAAAGAGUACCACUGGGGCGGUACGAUUCUUCUGUCGUACUUCCACUACUGCAACAAGGGAAAUUUGCCGUUUACCGAAGAUUUCAAAGAACAAGAUAUGCGGCAGCUUGCCCAGUUGGACGAACAGGCGAUGCAAUUUAUUCAAUGGACGCGAUCACAGGCCAUGGCGCACAGACACGAAUGGGAGAAGCUACACCACGCCAACGAGUACGAGAAGCCAUACUUUUUCGUUAGCCAGCUGUUCCAGCGUGACUGGAAGCCCCAAGAAUGGGUAUACUAA